AAAUGUGGGGUUGGUCCUGAUCUGACCCUGGCCCAUACCUGGGGCAGAAAAAGGACACUCCGUCAAAACAAAAUCUGAAUGAAGUCGAUACUGAAAAAAAAUCUUUGGUUUUUGCUGGGAACCUUUCUAGCGUUUAACGUGCCGACGUGUAUCGUGCUUUGGGUCUGGUUUUCGGCCUUUCCUAUCUCCCUGCCCUGUGCCAGAGCCGGUGUCCCACGGGGCCCAGUCCGGGAAAGCAGGGUGGCGCACCGCGUGGAGGGGGGCCGUGUUUGUGAAUGACGCUCCCCUCAGGGCCUGGCGCGCGCCUUCCCAUGAGGAUUCUUGAGGAAAGCAAGUGACAUGAAAGUCCACAGCCUCAUGCUUUGGUGAAGCGAAAGUCCGCGAUCGCUGCCCCCGCCAUGGCCGGUCUGAGGUCCGGCCGGCCCGCCUGCAUCAGGGCGGCUUUCAGCGCCGCGCGCCCCGGGGCCGGCUUCCGGAGGAGCCGGAGAAACACCCUCCAGCGCUUCAAGGCCAAUCACAAAAAGAAUCACAUGGACUUAAUUGAAGGUAUCUGGAGAGAGUCUUGUGCUCAGUUUUUAGAUCCUUUCGAUGGCGAUUCAGAAGACCCCAGAGGCCCUCCGGCCUCCAGCUUCAGCGACUGUCCUCCGGGUGACGUGAGCGGCACUGUGCCUUUACGUGGCCUCGGUUGCGGGAGUCCGGGCCAAGUUCGCGUGGGAGACCCCCUCUCGUCAAAAGCCCCAGACCUCCUCCCGAAAGCUGCCGGCUGGGGCCCCCACUCCCUGGAGGCCGACGACGUGGAUAUGCAGCCCGCGGAGGCCAGCAGCCCUGAGGCCCGAGGACGGGCAGCCAGGCGCUCUGGGUCGCCGGAGGACUGGGGGAUGACGGAGGACCGCUGGCCCGGGGCAGCCGGGCCUGUGCUCCCUGCCGCGGGGCCCCCCGAGCCUGGCAGACACGCGCAGGGCAGAGCCAGAGCGGCCCGGCCGCCACCCAGGCUCGGGAGUGAGAAGGACAAGGGGCCCAAGCUCCCCCUCUCCAAGAGGAAACUGGAACUUCUACUUGCAGAGCCCGAGAAAAAUAAGAGAAAGAGGCAGUACGCGGCCUAGACCAAGCACGCAAGACAAGCAUGAGUCUGGUGCCAGCACUGGGUGGCCGCUGCCCCCAAGCCCCAGGACUGCGCCGCUCCCAAGUGCCAAUAAAAGGGAAGGCCGCCCGAGGACCAGAGCUGCUCCUUCCUCCUGGGAGACCCCCCACCCAUUACGUCGAGUGUGAACAGCGAGUGGUCAGCAGCUGCCACCCUGGGAUCUGGGGGCAGGAACGCGCCGAGAGGACACGGGAUGGGUGGCCGGCCGACCGAGGGCAUCCGCACCCCCGUGUGACACAGAACUGUC